AUGCCCAAAGCAGCACCAGAGGAUCAUCGACCUGCUCGAGCAGUCUUACAUGCUCCUUACCCUUUACCAUUCGUCAUCACUCGACCUCAAGUCAUCCUACCUCCCAGUUCACCUACACUUUCCGCUCCGGUUUUACCAACGGUAUCUCAUGAGGUAUCUGUACCUUUACCACCCGCUUCUAUCGCCGACUUCCCAUUGUUCAAACAUGAUUGGAGGAAAGUCGAACCUGCUUUCCCACCCAUUCCGUACCCUUUGGUACCUAGAGAAGAGAAACAGAGGAAGAGGGUGAAGAAGUUGCAUGUUCUGAAGAUGAAGAAGUCAGGUGAAGAAUCGAGUGAAUGGGAGAUUAUGUCUCAUCUGUCGAAUAGGAUAGGUAAAGACAAUAAGGAGUUGCUUGGGUUGACGAAGCAGGUGGGAAAGAUAUCGGCGGAUGGGGAGUUGGAUGAAGAUGAUCCCAAUCAGGACGAGAACAGCCUGCUUAUCUACGCUUUCGUUUCAUCUUAUCAACGAGGUGAUUUCGACUCACCCGAUUCUCACAAUGAUCCACCUGAACCACUCACCCCUACUCAAGCGAAUCCUUUCCCCCAAGUACCACUUAGUAUACACGAUGAACCGCCUUUUGCUCCUGAGAUACCCCACCGCGACGAUACUCCUCGACCAACUUCGCCCCGUUUCUAUGGUGGAGUGGGGCGACGGCCCACGCCAUUCCCCGAUUUUGAAGAUGCCAAGGAAGCCAGUAGACCAGCGAUAGAAGCAGGUCCAGCGUGGGAUGUGGUCUCAGAUGCUGUCUCUAGUUUCUGGAGUGAUGGGACGGAUGCGGAUGAGGCUGAUCAGGAGAGUGAAAUGAGGGAAACCCCUGCGACCGACACCCUCGUUACACCUUCCGCAUCAGCAUCACGCAACUCUGGCAAACCCAAGAAACGCGCUCAUACACCUGAUCGACCAUUAUUCAUCGGUCAGACCAACCAAGUCCCUUUCACCUUUGUUCCACCUGCAAGAAAGGCUCCAUCUCAGUCCUCGAUCAGCGAUGGCAGUCGUAUCUUCCGUGAAGGAGGGUACGUAUCUGAGUCCGGGAGUGUACGGACGAUUCGACAGAUCCCAAGGAGUAAAGUGAAUAUGAUGAGGGUGAAUGAGAGGGAGAAACAGAUCAAAAGAGAAAGAUCAUCUACACCGAAGCAAAGGGAUUAUCAACGCUCCAAAGCAACUCCUCAACCUCCUCCGCCAGUACAGGCAACUGGACCUCCCACGGUGUCGAGUUUUGGUAAUCCCUAUUACUUCCCUCUUCAGAAUAUGCAAUUCCCUCAGCAGUUCAUGAACCAACCUAUGAUGCCUCAACAGUCCAUGUUCGGAUUAGAUACCUUCCUCUUCGCACCUAUUGCACCAUUACUGCGUACCUCCGAAGUCCUGUCAUCGCCGACCUCCAACGAAGGAGGAUCAGGAUCAUCGAAUAUCAAUCAAUUGCCUCAAGGUAGAGAACCCUCAUGGUCACCACAACCUAUGUCAAUCGAUCCUCGUACUGAUGAAAGUCAACUUCAAACGACUGGAGUCAGCUGGCCACAUGCUUUACCUGAUAGAGAACAAGUCACGCCCUCGAAUGCUUCCUCGCUAUUACAGCAGUUGGUGGGUCAUAGUGGAUUGUCAGAUGUCGACGUACCCAUGCCUACAGCCCUUUCAAGAAUCACCCAGCCACUAAUACCCCCUCAAGCUCAGGCCCAAGCAUCAUCUUCGAGGAGGAGAGUAUCUCGAAGAGCACUUGCCGAGGGAGAUGAUAUGGUACCAUUGGGUAAAGCGUGUCACAACUAUCUUAGCUUGAGAAGAAAGGCCGCUCAGAAGAGAAGGAAGGUAAGGAUGGGAGUGGGCAAGGUAGUUGAUCUGUGGGAUAUCAUAACAGAGGACGAAGCUAAGGACAAGCAGCAGAAUAAGAAGAUUAAUACACCUAUUAUCAAAGUACAGAAACCCACACCAGUGCAACCUCAUUCACUGCCACAGCCUCAGUUUCAACAGCAAUGGAACACUACCCCUACGAUGGGAAUCAUCCCAAAUGGCGAUCCUAACUUCCAAGCCCAAGUCAACGCCCAGGCUCAGAAUAUGUACGCCAAUAUGAUGAUGCAACAGCAAGCCAUGCCUUUCAAUAUCGGUAUGCCAAUGGGAUACUAUCCUCAAUUCAAUCAGGGAUUUCAAUUCCCUCAAGCUCAGUGGGCCAUGAAUAUACCUAGUCAAAAUAUGUUUACUCAAGCACAACAGCAACAGCAACAACAGCAGUGGAUGAAUCAAGCUAGUUCGAAUAUACCUCAACAAUACCUCGCACCUCCAUCUGGUGGUACAUUCGGAUUCCCCACACCCGGAGCUACUCCUCAAGCACCUACUCCCAAACCUCACACUCACGCUGGAUUCAACCCAUUCACUCCUAAAUCGCCUGAACGUGAAGAACAGGAUCACAAACCGUUACGAAAGAGAAUGAGAUCUACCAUCUCACCUUCCUCUGCGAACGACUUGAUGUUGAGAAAUAGAACGUCAAGCUCCAAACCUCUAGCAGGUUUAGGAUUAGGAUUGUUAUCACCUGCAGAAAUUCAAUCACCUGAACGGUUCAGAACGAAUGUACGAAGAGAGAGAACGCAAGAAGUCGAGGUUGACAUGGAAGAAGACGACGACAGGGAUUGGAAUCGUGGGUUGAUUGGAGCGCAGGAUGAUGAAGAGGCUAAGAAUAAGGACGAGAGGAGAAAUCAGUGGGUGAGGGAGGAAAGGCAAAGAGUAGGUAGUUUGGGUUUGGUGAGGGCAGGCUGGAAAGGGAAAGGGAAAGAGGUUUUACGAUGA